UGUGCAACAGUUUUUUGGCAAUAUUGGUCUACACAAGAUGACAGGCCCUUCUUCCCCGAAAGCUUCUGAUAUGCUGAUAUUAAUAACUGUCCCGCAACAGCUUCUAGCAGAAGCAGUGUAUCACUUGCCUCGUCGGCAUCAAUAGAACCCAUAAGUGAUAAUACGAGAAGAUCCAACAUGCCAGCGAGAAGCAUUUCUGAGCCUGACUUUAGGCCUGCACAGAUCGUUAGUCCAGCGAAAGGAACGCCAAACAGAGGCGUCUUUACUUCUUUCGUGCAAAGAGCGAUGGGCUUCAUAAAAACACCUUCGAAGGAGGCAAAGCUUGGCGACAGCAACAAGUUUAGAUACGACGAGACACUGAAGCGCUGGCUUGAAGAACGAGCCGAGGCACAAGCGCCAGAGCUUCCGUUGGCUCCUCCUCCCACGGCAAACAAGCUCGUCUCGCGCGUGGAGGAGAACGGCGCUCCUAUUUCCAUGUCUCCGGAGAGACCACAGCCAACUCCGGAAAGGCCGCAACCGGUUGUGAGUGGAAUCCCACCAAUGCCUCCGAGCAGUAACCAGUACGCAGCUCGCGCACGUCAAAACGUUAGAUCAAGAUAUGUCGAUACAUUCAACAAGGUAGCGUAACACCAUCCAAGACAUCAUCGGACUCUCCUCCACUGUUUGGCGUGGUGCCAAAGGCAAGCGCAAAGCCUUUGGCUCCAGCGAGAUUUUUCGUGCCUGCGGCCGCUGCUGCCGCUGCUCCAGAUAUCAACAGCAACCAUUCGGUGGAUCCUUCCUCGGCACCGGCCUUUGUCCCCGACACGGCAUUCUCAAACGGGAAUGGACCGUUUGCACCAGCAGCAUUCGCUCAGCCGGUUGUACAGGAUAUGAGAAACGAUCCGGGGCCAACGCCUGAUCAUCUAUCGAGCGGCUCUUCGCCAGCAAUGUUCUAUUCGAAUCACUAUCCAGCAGCACCGUCGACCGUCUCGUUGCCGCCACCUGCAGCUCUGGAAGUUACUCCGCCAGUGAUGGUCGAGCAGCAGCAGCAAAACCAACACCAGGAAAGUUCGAUUCAUCGGCACCUCAACAGUCCGGCACAGUGGGAUUCGAAGCUGCCAGUUUCUCCAGAGUGUUUGGAGACGACUUGCAAGAGGUGGAAUUGUAAAUCACACUCCACAAGUAA